UAUAAAAGCCCAAAAGAAAAAGUAAAAAAAAAUACCACUCUCUGUCUCUCUCUCUCUGAAGAAACCACAGAGAGAAAAAAACCAAUGGCCAUGAUCGCCUCUGAUGCGGUCCCACUUCUCUUCUUCUUCUUAUUCUGCUUCUUCGGACUACUGUUUCAAAGGGGAUCAGCUCAAGCCUUGUCAGUGAAGCAAGAACAUGCUCACUUCCCUCCUAGAGGUUGGAAUUCCUAUGAUUCCUUUUGUUGGACCGUCUCUGAAGAAGAAUUCCUACAAAACGCAGAGUUAGUCUCUAAGAGGCUUUCAUCUCAUGGAUAUGAGUAUGUUGUGGUGGACUACCUGUGGUAUAGAAGGAAGGUACCGGGUGCAUACGUGAAUUCGCUGGGAUUCGAUGUGAUCGACGAAUGGGGAAGGGUCAUCCCUGAUCCCGAUAGAUGGCCUUCCUCGAGAGGCGGCAAGGGGUUCAAGGAAGUAGCCAAGAAGGUGCAUGACAUGGGUUUGAAGUUUGGGAUUCACGUGAUGAGAGGAAUCAGUACGCAGGCAGUCAAUGCCAACACCCCCAUCUUAGACACACUCAAGGGGGGUCCCUACACGGAGUCAGGCAAACAAUGGCUUGCACAAGAUAUUGGGUUGCGAGAGAAACCGUGUGUGUGGAUGGAUCAGGGUUUUAUGAGUGUUGACACUGAUUUGGGAGCUGGCAGAGCCUUCUUGAGGUCACUGUAUCAACAGUAUGCAGAUUGGGAUGUUGAUUUUGUGAAGCAUGAUUGUGUCUUUGGCCAGGAUUUGAAUGUAGAUGAGAUACAUUUUGUUUCGGAGGUUUUGAAAAAGCUCGACCGUCCUGUUGUGUAUUCUCUCUCUCCCGGGACCAGUGUGACACCAGCCAUGGCUGCAGAAGUACGUCAUCUUGUGAACAUGUACAGAGUAACUGGAGAUGACUGGGAUUCAUGGGCAGAUGUGGAAACUCACUUUAAUGUAUCAAGGGACUUUGCUAAUUCUCAUUUAAUAGGAGCUGAGGGUCUGAAGGGGAAAUCAUGGCCAGACUUAGACAUGCUUCCUUUGGGCUGGCUGACGGAUCAGGGUACUAAUGUUGGCCCACACAGAAAAUGUAACCUCACUCUUGAUGAGCAAAAAACUCAGAUGACUCUAUGGUCAAUGGGCAAGUCCCCAAUCAUAUUUGGAGGAGAUAUGAGGCAGAUUGAUGAGACUACCUUUAAUCUCAUCACAAAUCCUACCAUAUUGGAAAUAAAUACUUUCAGCAAGAAUAACAAGGAGUUUCCUCACAUCACCGCAAGACAUUUCGGAAAUUUUGAUCAUUCUAGAAGUUUGACGAAUGUGAAUACAGCCGAUAAUGGCAUGAUGAGUCUUACUAGCUGCAAGGAUCGCAAGGCGAAAGGAUGGGUUAUUGAAAGUCAUGAUGGAGAGCUCGAUCAGAUCUGCUGGAAAGAUAGCUUGGGAAGUAAUGAUCGGCCACCAUUUUGUCUAUACAAAAGACAACCUCUUCUGACAUCGGAUGAAGAGAUUAUCUACAAACAAAAAUAUCAAGGUAAGUUUCAUUUAUCAGUGAUGGCUCCUACGGAAUUUUGCCUCGAUGCUUCUACAGGCAGAAAGCAGGCUUCAGAUGUUUUGAAACAGAGUUCAUUAUCCCCUUGCAAGUGGGUUACCAACCAGCUGUGGGAGCUAAACCAUGAUGGAACCCUUGCGAACAGUUAUUCUGGUCUAUGUGCAACAAUGGGAAUAGAAAAAGGUAUUGUAAAUGCUGGUGGGGUCCGCUCGUGGGUCGCAACUGGAAGGAAAGGUGAAAUCUAUCUUUCAUUUUUCAACCUAAACCUGGAGAAAACAGUAAUUUCUGCAAAGCUGAAGGAUCUAGCAAAGGCGCUUCCUACUCAAUACUUGAGAAAACUUUCAUGUAAAUGCACUGAAGUUUGGAGUGGAAAACGAUGCAAGAUACAAAAACAGACAUUGGCUGCGGUGGUCGAGACACAUGGUUGCGCAUUAUUCGUUUUGAAUUGCAACUAAUCCAAAAUGAGUCGAGCCACAUUUCAGUCAUACGGUACAUUCGAUCUCUAUCUACAUGGAUAUCUUUCUGGUUAGAGUAAGCUGUUACAUUCUUACAAUUAGUGUAUUUGUGUCUUGGUUAGAAAAAGAUCGUUGUUUUGGAGAACUCAUGAAAUUUAUGGAGACCCAUCUUAAAGAUGAUGGUAUAACCAAUCAGAUGAGCAUUUUAGUUUUGGCUAUGUAGAAUUCGGAUCAUUGCCCAAUUUCAAAAUUUUCAUUUUAUGUAUC